CGGCGGGCAGCAUGGCCGCCGGCGGCCUGGCGCAGCUGCCGCGCCUGGCGCACGCCUGUGCCGCGCUGCUGCUGCGCCGCUGGAAGAGCGUCCUCUUCAUCGCCCUCUUUGGCACGCUUGCCGCGUUUGGCAUGUUCGGCGCCAUGUGGACCGAGUGGCGCGAGAUGACCUACUACCGCGUCGACCCAUACCCGACGCUCGUGCCCUCUCGGCCACCCGGCUCGCCCGCCAACGCCGCGGCCGCGCCGCUGGGGCAGCCGACGACGCGGCCGAUCAAGCCCGUGCCCAAGUUCGGCGCCUGUCCGGGCCCCAAGAGCGGCGUGCCGAUCCCCCUCUCGCCGCUGCAGUGGUACGCGUCGCCCGAGUCGCACCCCAUUCCGCUCGUCGGCUCGUACGCGGCCGUGGGCAUGGAUCCGACGCGCUGCCUCACCUACCGCGACCGCUACUCGAUGUACACCGACGAGGCCCUCGGCAUCACCUACCGCACCGACGUGGAUGAUGAGAUUGAGGAGGCAAAGGCAAAGAAGAAGCAGAUGUACGACGACGAUCCGGACAAUCUCAAGCCGACGGCCUCGAGCAGCGCCGCGCCAAACGUCAUCACCGGCGGCCAGCCGGCGUUCAUGGGCAAGCCGGGCAGCAAGGAUCCGAACUCGCGCAAGCAUGCGCAGGAGGCCGCCAGCCGCAGCGCCAACGCCGCGGCAAAGGCCGCGGCGUCCAUCAGCGCCGGCGGCAAGAGCAACAAGAACUACAAGCGGCCCCUCGUCGGCUUCAACGCCACGGACCCGCUCUUCGGCCCGCGCAAGCCGGCCAAGAUGCACGAGGGCGAGUGGGAGCGCUUCCUGCGGGACCGCGUCUGGAAGGCCAACCUGCGCUCGGAAGAGCUGGGCCCGAUCUCCUUUCCGGACUGGCGCGCGCUGAUGGAUGCCUGCUUUGAGAAGCGCGAGCGGGAACGAGGGCGCGCGGGCGGUGUGGAUGCGUUUGAUCCGGCGAGCCAGCCGCUGGCGGACACGAUUGCGCAGGAGAUGCUCGACGACGACGUGCCGCCCAAGUUCAAGACGAAUCCGGACACGAAGCGCACGGCACUGGUGAUGCGCAGCUAUGAAGGCUAUGUCUGGCGCGAAGACGACAUUCUCAACAUGCGCGCCCUGAUUGCCGAGCUGUCCCUCAACAACCCGCACACGCCGUACGACAUUCGCAUCCUCGUCGAGGUGCACGGCCGGCAUCUGUCGGUGUUUACGAGCGAGUGGGACCGCCUCAACGUGCUGCGCUCCAGUGUGCCGCGCGAGUUCUGGGGCAUGGUGGAGCUGUGGACCGAGGAUGAAAUGUGUGCCCUCUACCCGGGACUGCCGGGCAAGUUCCUGAACCACAUGAUCGCACAGAGCUCGUACCGCUCGUGCCUCAUGGCGCUGCAGAAGUUCUACCUCGACCACCAGGAGUACGACUUUGUGUACAACUGGGAGAUGGACGUGCGCUACAUUGGCAACUACCUCGACUACUUUGAGGGCGUCGAGGAGUACGCGCGCAACGAGCCGCUCAACGUCGGCAUGGACAAGUACGACAGCUGGUUCGUGCGCAACGUGACGGUGUCGGAGGAGAACUGGGGCAACAACGAGACGCUGCAGGUGGGGCGCGGCGAGGAGGCCGACCUCAUCACGCUCGGCCCCAUCUUCGAUCCGCGUGGCAGCGGCUGGUUCUGGGAGUACGAUGUGCAGAACUACCCCAACGGCGAGGGCACGCAUCGCCGCGCCUCGAUCGGCACCAACAUGCGCAUGUCGCGCUCGCUGCUCGACGCCAUGAAUGUGGUGAAUGCCGAGGCGAAAAAGUCGCUGCACUGCGAGGCGUGGCCCACGACGCUCGUGCUGCACUCGCAGCUGCCCAGCUCGCACGAGCACAGCUUCUACCCCGAGGCCGGCUUCACACACAACCUGCCGCUGCCCUUCAAGGGCGUCUUUGCGCCGCACCCCGUCUACUUCCGCCACUACUGGGACGCAGAGGUGCUGCAUGCCCGCAUCAACAGACCCGACUUCUACAAAAAGGCAAACGAAAAGGUCAUGCGCGACAGUGCCUUCUACUACGACGGAGCACAUGCAAAGGAGAUCUACGUCGGCUGGAAGGAGCGGGACGACGUGUGCCGGGCGCCCGUGCUGCUGCAUCCCAUCAAGCGCGUCGACUGAGCGUCAAGCGGCGAUGCGCGUGCCGCCAUCGCAGGACGCAUCCUGCGCUUCUCGCUUCCCUUCCCUGCUACGUGGUGAUGCCUUCACGAACCCCUCGCUGUGGCCUCUUCCUUUGUCCCCCCUUGCCCCUGCCCCCUCCCAUCCUACAGUUCCCCAUCUCGUCUCCCCCUACCCUCUCUUCACGUGUGCCCUCACCGUCGACACUGCCUCCAAGUCGCUGCCUCGUGCGACCAAAUGCAAACAUACAGCUCUC